UCGUCUCUUUUCUCCCCCUGCCUCUGAUCUGGAGCAGCUCACCGCAGACCCGCCCCCGGACGAGGCGGCUCAGCAGCCCGGCCUUCUGAUUGGCUCAGAGCGCCGUCAGUCGUGGGAUUAUCCUCGUCCGGGUGGGUUGGUGUCGGCCUGCAGCGCUGAUCCGAGCGGGUCUGCAGAGAGGCAGUGUGUUUGAAACCGCCCAGGGAACAGACCGCGUUCACGAGGAGCUGGUUCUGUGUUCUGCCUCCCGUCCGCUCCACGAUGACCCGGUCCAGAGGAACGCAGCGCCGGUUUACCUGAACAAGUGUUUCCUCUGAGCCCAGCAGCAACUCUCACUCUGACUUCUGUUCAUUUCAUUUCAUUGGAUGUGGUGUUGGACUGCUGGUACUGGUGCUGGUUCUGGUGCUGCUGGACUGUGGCUUCUGUCAGCUUGAGUCCACCUCACAGGUCGUGUGGGCCGGCUCUCCUGUCGGAACCUCUCCGCCGUAUUUACAUGCUGUAAUUGGAUUUUCCAUCAUUUCCAGCAGCAGCAGUAGUAGCUCAGGCUCCCCUCCUCCUCCUCCUCCUCCUCCUCCUCCUCCUCCUCUCGGUCCUCCCUCCCUCCUGUGGGGAGCUUCUUUCUUGCCGGGUCGUCCAGGUCGGUAGCGGCGGUGAGGAAGAUGGGACUACCUGCUCUGGAGUUCAGUGACUGUUACCUGGACAGCCCUCAGUUCAGGGAGAGGCUCAAGUCCCACGAGCUGGAGCUGGACAAGACCAACAAGUUCAUCAAGGAGCUGAUUAAAGACGGCAAGGCGCUGAUCCAGGCUCUCAAAUGUCUGUCAACGGCCAAGAGGAAGUUCGCCGACUCUCUCAACGAGUUUAAAUUCCAGUGCAUCGGAGACGCCGAGACGGAUGAUGAGAUAUGCAUAGCCAAGUCUCUGCAGGAGUUUGCAGCGGUCCUUCAGAACCUGGAGGAUGAGAGGACACGUAUGAUCGAGAACGCCAACGAUGUGCUGAUUAUGCCUCUGGAGCGGUUCAGGAAAGAACAGAUCAGCGCAGCCAAGGAAGCCAAGAAAAAAUAUGACAAAGAGACGGAGAAGUACUGCGCAGUGCUGGAGAAGCAUCUCAGCCUCUCAGCGAGGAAGAAGGAGUCACACCUACAUGAGGCGGACAAUCAGGUCGAUAACGUACGGCAGCAUUUCUACGAGGUUUCUCUGGAGUACGUCUUCAAGGUGCAGGAGGUCCAGGAGAGGAAGAUGUUUGACUUCGUGGAGCCGUUGUUGGCGUUUCUCCAAGGCCUGUUCACCUACUAUCACCACGGCUACGAGCUGGCGAAGGACUUCAACCACUUCAAGACGGAUCUGACCAUCAGCAUACAGAAUACCAGGAACCGCUUUGAGAGCACGCGGUCAGAGGUGGAGUGUCUGAUGAGGAAGAUGAAGGAGAAUCCUCAUGAACACAAGAGUGUGAGCCAGCACACCAUGGAGGGAUACCUGUUCGUCCAGGAGAAACGCUCUUUUGUAUCUACCUGGGUGAAGUACUACUGCACGUACCACCGAGAGCCCAAGAGGGUCACCAUGGUGCUGUUUGACCCGAAGUCUGGGGCGAAGAUGGGAGAUGAGGACAGCUUCAUCCUCAAGUCGUGCACCAGGAGGAAGACGGAUUCGAUCGAGAAGAGGUUUUGUUUCGAUGUGGAGGCUGUCGACCGGUCGGGAGUGAUCACCAUGCAGGCUCUGUCUGAAGAAGACCGCAGGUUGUGGAUGGAGGCCAUGGAUGGGAGAGAACCGGUGUACAAUCUGAAUAAAGACAACCAGGCUGAAGGCAUGGCCCAGCUGGAUGUGACCGGGUUCAACGUGAUGAAGAAAUUCAUCUACGCUGUGGAGACUCGAGGUAUUGACGAGCAGGGCUUGUACAGAAUAGUCGGCGUCAGCUCCAGAGUACAGAAGCUGCUGAGCCUCGCCAUGGAUCCGAAGACGUGCGCUGAUGUGGAGCUGGAAAACUCAGAGUGGGAGAUUAAGACUAUCACCAGUGCUAUCAAGCACUAUCUCAGAAUGCUGCCUGCGCCGCUCAUGACAUACCAGUACCAGAGGAGCUUCAUCAAAGCUGCCAAGUUGGACAACCCAGAGGCCAGGGUGACAGAGAUCCAUGCUCUGGUUCAUCGGCUCCCAGAGAAGAACCGACAGAUGCUGGAGCUGCUGAUGAAACACCUGGGCAAUGUUGCCAGCCACCACCAGCAGAACCUGAUGACCAUCGCCAACCUGGGCGUGGUCUUUGGGCCGACUCUGCUCCGCCCACAGGAGGAGACGGUCGCAGCCAUCAUGGACAUCAAGUUUCAGAACAUAGUAGUAGAGAUCCUCAUAGAGCACCAUGAGAAGAUAUUCAGGGACGUGCCGAGUUCUGCGAGCGGGCCGACCAACAUGCAGCUCAACCUGCCGAGGAGGAGAAGCACUGAGGCCAAAGCACCGUCCUGCAGCGAGAGGCCGCUCACACUCUUCCACACACCAACACAUUCCCAGAAAGGUGAGAAGAGGAACAGUGUAGGAACUGCAGCCGAGCUGCAGCCCGUGUCCUCCUCCGCCAACUGUAACAGCAGCAGCAGCAGCAACAGCAGCAGCCACGGUCGAACCCCGAGACACAGCCUGACGAGCAACGACGGAGAGCAGGACACCCGGCAGAUCCGACCCAGCUCUCUGCUGAACCCGAAGAGUCGUAGCAGCAUACCGACCAGUGCAACGUCUCCGAGCCCCACCUCGCCACGUUCUCCCUCCUGGCCGAUGUUCUCUGCACCCUCGAGUCCUCAGCCAAUAUCCUCUGCCUCCAGUGACUCAUCCCCAAUCAGUAUCGUGGGCAGGAAGGCUCGGGCGCUGUACGCCUGCAAAGCGGAGCAUGACUCGGAGCUGUCCUUCAUCGCUGGGACCAUCUUUGAGAACGUUCAUGCCUCCAGGGAGCCCGGUUGGCUGGAAGGGACGCUGGACGGCCGGACGGGACUAAUACCAGAAAACUACGUGGAGUUUUUAUAGUCCAGAAGACCCGGACACGACUGGACUGGACUUGACCCAAACUGGACUGUGGAGGACUAGAGUCCACUGCACAAGACUGAACAGACUCAGUUAGACCGUUUACUAAACUGGACUGAACCAUCGUUGUAGAGGCCACUCUUCUCUUGACCGGACUGGGAAUUGAAACUGGACCAAGCAGAACCAUAUCGAAUGGAGAUGACGCAGGAACGGAGCGGACUGCGGGGGAGAACCGUGUAUUGCACUGGAAAAAAAAAACAAAAAAAAGGUCCCACUGUGGUUCUGGCUGUUAUUGGAUAAGUGUGGAUGACUUCCCAAGAUCUGGUGAAGAUGAUGUGGUAAUGACCCUGGAAUGUGUGUGUGUGUGUGUGUGUGUUGAACCCCCUGAGCUGUGAGGCUUGUGAUUUUCCAGCCCUUGCUUUAAUACUAUGGCUGCACUGCCACCGCUUCAGCAUUUUUAUCAGUGAGAAAGUGAGCGAUCUGCAGAGAAGAUGGAAAUGAUGACAGGGAACAUUAAACAAAGCAGGUGGCCUUUAACUUGUGACUUGCUAGUUCACCUCCUCACUGUGCUGUCUGAGUGAAGGCGAAUCGCUUUGGGGAAUCUAAAUGAUUGGGUUGUGUUGUACAGCUGUAAAUGUGUUUGUGAGCGCUCGCUGUGGCGGUCUGGUAAUUCCCCCGGACAAGACUCAACCUGGCUAAUGUUGCAGAGAUCCAGUUCAGCAACAGGAGCCCCGGGGCAGAGCAGCCCAGGAUGAUGUUGCCUUGAAAAACAGUUCGCCAAAAGGUCAGCGCUGGAAUUAUCUGUAUUUAUGAUGCCUCUCCCUGCAGAGCCCUCGUGAAAAAUGUGAAAAAUUUCAAACAAGUUCCACAAGCAGACGAGCGGUUUACAGAGUGGCGUAGGAGUAACAUCUGAUUCCUGCUGGUUCAGACGAGCUGUGACGCCUCACUCUGCUUCCCCAGGUUAGAUAUUCUUUGAUCGUUGGAAAUAAUUGGAUCCACAGUGUUGAGUCAUAUUUUCGCUACUGAGAACAAUUCUGUGAAUUCUCAACAAUCAGAAAGUUAAUAUCAGCGUUCCAAACCAUCAUGUAUGUUUUUCUCCUUGUUUUAACAUCAUGUGAGGCGAUCAGUGACUUCACUGUAGAGAGAUCAACGCAAAUCAUCUCAAAGUCAAACACGUAGUCAGCUGAUCACGAAGACGAAGCAACACAACAACACAAUUAUCUGAAGAGGGCGGUCACAUUUGGAUCCAGUUUAGUUUAAUUUGUUGCUCAUGAGUCAGAAAUGUUUUUCAGACAAAAGUGAAAUUAGUUUUGAGAAUCGUUCAGGUGUGUAGAGAAGCUGUUCUGCUCGGGGCUCCAGCGGACGUCGUGUCGUCGCUUCAUCAGUCUUUGCUGAACUUUUUGCUUGAACCACUCGGUGAACUUCUUUGGAAAGUUUUUUGUUUCCUCUUUUAGGACAGAAUAUUGAAAGAACAUUUUAUAAUCUUAACAAAAAAAGAAAGAAUUUAAAUGGGAGAGUAGAAAAACAACUUAAAUGUGAAAUGAGACUACUUUGUUCAUACCUGAACUUCUUAUUUAUGAGAGUUUCUUAAAGGCGCGAUCCUGAACUGUAUUCAUUUUGAGGUGUUUUAUCAACAUUGUAAAUAAAUACACAGCGUUUGAUAAGGUAUAAUUUUUUUUUAUGUAUGAAAUUUUAUAUUUUGUAUUUGUAGCCUACUAACUUAAUUCCUUCAUUCCUUCUUUGUUGACCAGAUUUUUGUAUCAUUUAAGUCUUUCUACAGCCUUAAAUAUUCCUCCAGAUGUUUUUUGGUGAAUUGACAUGAUUGUGCAGAAUAAAAGUGUUCAACAGCUGCA